AUGACUUCUACGCCACCGCCACGGCAGCCGCGCCAUAGCGGCGGCGACCAACAUUUUAUUCACGGCGACAAGACGGCGUCUCGCCGCCGGAGCCAAUCGUUCUCCUCCUCCUCACACUCACUCUCUUCAAACUCAUCAUCAUUCGCAUCAUCACUCUCCUUCCACGGCGAUCAUCACACCCCAAGGUCACCCCUACAAUUCAUGGGCGUCCCUUUCUCCUGGGAAAAGAUCCCCGGCAUUCCCAAGCAAUUAUACGCCUCCAACAAAAUCAGCGACGAGCGCUCCCUUCUCCCGUUGCCUCCUCCCGCCGGGAAACAGAGCUUUCGCGACGAAUUCUCCCCCAGAAAAUCCGCCGGCGCCGGCGGUGGAAGCUUCCGGGAGGACCCGUUCUUCGCGGCCCUGGUGGAGUGCUCCAAGGAGGAGCGUCACAAGAGCUCCUCCAAGAUCGUCACGAAAAGUUUGAGCGAUCGUUUCGGAUUCAUGGGCUUGUACGCUGCGGCUUCUUGUAAAACCACUUGCGGCGUCUCGGAAUCCAUUGUUCAUCUUCCGAGAUCAAGAGAUUACGAUCUUCUCAGCCGUAGAUCGCGGCGGUGA